AUGGAGUAUUGUUCUCUAGGCCGUUCAGGACUCAAGGUCUCCCGCAUCGUGCUUGGCUGCAUGAGCUUCGGAUCUCCACAAUGGCAGCCCUGGAUCCUGGAUUCCGCCGCCGCUCUUCCGCUUCUGAAGCAUGCCUUUGACCGUGGAAUCAACACAUGGGACACGGCAGAUGUGUACAGCCAUGGUGAAUCCGAAAGAAUCAUAGGCAAUGCUAUCCAGCACUACAAGCUGCCCCGACAAAAGCUGGUUCUCAUGACCAAAUGUUAUUUUCCCGUGUCUGAAGACGGCGAACAGCCUCCGUUCCAGAUGCACAUCCAGAAUGAUGGUAGUCAUGUCAACAGUAUGGGCUUGUCACGUAAGCACAUACUGGAUGCGGUCGAUAGCAGUACAAGCCGACUGCGCACCUACAUCGAUGUCCUCCAGAUCCAUCGACUGGACAGGGAAACAGACAAGACGGAGAUAAUGCGAGCAUUGAAUGAUGUGAUCGUAUCAGGUAAAGUUCGGUACAUCGGAGCAUCAUCAAUGGCAGCUUGGGAGUUCCAAAUGCUACAGAACAUCGCCGAGAAGAACGGAUGGYACAAAUUCAUCUCAAUGCAAAACUAUCACAACCUUGUCUUCCGCGAGGAGGAACGCGAAAUGAUACCUUUUUGCAAAGCUACAGGCGUAGGUCUGAUGCCUUGGUCGCCGAUUGCUCGCGGUGCACUGGCGCGGCCGUUCAGUGACACUGCUACAUCGAACAGAGAGAAGACCGACCCUCUCGUACAGCAACGAGGACGUUCAUCGACUGCGGACGAGGAGAUUAUCAAUCGAGUUGAGCAGCUGGCAAAGAAGUACAAUGUGAGCAUGGCUUGUGUCGCGACGGCUUGGUGUAUCUAUCAUGGAGACUGUCCGAUUGUGGGACUGAACAGUACAUCGCGGAUUGACGAGAUCGUCAAGGGUCUUGCGUUCAAACUGUCUGGUGAGGACGCAAAGUUUCUAGAAGAGCCUUAUGCUCCCAAGCCCGUUACUGGGUACUAA